CCUCCCAAAGGCUCCAUCGUUUAUUUCUAUUACUUUGCUUAAUAAUUCUUUGCGGUUCCCAAAUUUUCUUAGAUUGGAUGAUGAGUUUUUUUUAUUUUAUAGCACAGUACAAUCUGAAUUGGAGAAUUCCUUUUCAUUUGCAUUAAAUUUGCAACCUGGUUUGUCCUCUGCUAAUUGAUUUUCUUUCUAAAACAGAGGCAUCUUUUAUGCCUUAAAACCAUAUCAAUUCCUCUGUUUUUUUCCCUAGAAAUUCGACCGCCAUGAAAGAAGACCAGCGUCCUUCUUCCAAUCACCAGAGAAAACCCAUCAUCACAAAGGCUUUUACCUAUCCAACAGUGUAUAUAAUUUUACUCAUACUGAGCUACUCCCUGGGUUACCUUUCUCAGUCUUCGUCUGUACCGACGACGCAACAGUCGCCGCAAUUACCCACUCCUUCAGUCUUCCAGUUCUCGAAUUUGCCAACCCAACUUGACAAUUUCAGAGUCACAACCCACUGCGGGGAGACCCUCCCUGCACAACUCGUCUCCCAGACGAUUCUUGACCGGGUCUUUAAUGGCAUCUCUCCCUACACCAAUUUCCCUCCACCGGACGCCACCUCCCUCCUCAAGCCGAAGAGAAUCAAGGGCUGGGGCUCCUACUCCACCGUCUUCCGCAACCUCAUCCAACGUGUCAAACCGCGCGUCAUCAUCGAGGUGGGUACUUUCUUAGGCGCGUCGGCUCUCCACAUGGCAAACCUGACUCGCACCCUCGGUCUCCAAACUCAGAUCAUCUGCGUCGACGACUUCCGGGGCUGGCCCGGCUUCCGGGACCGGUUCAAGGACAUCGGAAUGAUAAACGGCAACGUAUUGCUGCUGUACCAGUUCAUGCAAAACGUAGUAUCCUCCAACGCCACCGGGUCGGUUUUACCCUUACCGUUCUCUACGGCGUCGGGUCUCCAAAAAUUAUGCGAGUGGGGCGUGGCGGCGGACCUGAUUGAAAUCGAUGCGGGUCAUGACUUUAUGUCGGCGUGGGGAGACAUAAACCGAGCGUAUCGGAUCCUGAGACCGGGUGGGGUAAUAUUCGGCCACGAUUAUUUUACCGCCGUAGAUAAUCGAGGAGUAAGGAGAGCCGUCAACUUAUUUGCGCAAAUGAAUAAUUUUAAUAUUUCAACGGACGGCCAGCAUUGGGUGAUAAAUACUACUUGAGAUGACAGCAAUGAUAUCUAUAUAUGUAAAUUUUUUUUUUAACAUAGUGUAAUUAUUUACAAGUUAAUUGAGAGAUUGGAAGAAAGGUUUCGUAAGGUUUGAACGUGUAACUCAUAUGAAAUAAAUAGCUUUAAAAUAG